AUGGCUGAUUCUCAGAGAGUUGGUCUUGGCGAGAGAGACAUCGACCAGGAUGAGUCUACAUUGAUAUGGUACUCUGGGAAAGAUGAGAAGCAACUCAAGCUUUGUCAAGUUACAAAGAUCAUUCCCGGACAACGAACGGCAAUAUUUCAUCGCUAUCCUCGACCGGAGAAGGAGUAUCAAUCGUUUUCUCUUAUAUAUGGAGAUAGGUCUUUGGAUUUGGACCUAGAGGCUAUAGAUGGUCGAGAUUCCGCCUCAGACUUGGAUAGUAAUGCACCAAACAGAUUGGGAAAGGCAUUCUCAGACAUUGUAACAUAUACUGCUUCAAUUAACCAUCAAAAUCUAGCAGAUUCUACUACAAGUACAGUUAGCUCAUUAACUAUUGGAUCCGCGGACAAUAUUCCGAGUGGUCGUAGUUCUACUAAUGAGACAUUUAGAGUCAGUUUAUCAAGUGCUGUUAGCUCGUCCAGCCAGGGUUCGUGUCAAGAUGACUUUGAUGCUUUAGGUGAUGUCUUUAUCUGGGGAGAAGGAAGUGUUGAUGGAGCACUUGGUUGUGGCGUCCAUAGAGUUGGAAAUCCAUCUAUUCCAAAAUCUUAUGCUCUUCUGCCCAAGGCAUUAGAGUCAACUGUUGUUCUUGAUGUUUACAGAAUAGCUUGUGGUAGCAACCAUGCUGCAUUGGUCACGAGACAUGGAGAGAUCUUCAGUUGGGGCCAAGGUUUAGGUGGUAGGCUUGGGCAUGGUAAAGAAGUAGAUGUUCCUUUACCCACACUAAUUGAUGGUUUGAGCGGUAUGAAUGUAGAUGUAAUAGCAUGUGGAGAGUACCACACAUGUGCUGUAACACUUUCUGGGGAUCUUUAUACAUGGGGCGAUGGAACUCACAACUAUGGUCUCCUUGGACAUGGAAGUGAGCACAAGUGUACCUCGGGAAGUGGAAUCAUUGAGAGGGAUGAGGGUGAAAAAGGUUCUUGUGGCUUGUGGCACACUGCUGUAGUUGCUGAGGAAGUGAUUACUGAUCCCUUGAGUGGAGAAGUUUCAGCUGGUCCUUCAUCUGGGAAACUUUUCACAUGGGGUAAUGGAGAUGAGGGCUGCCUUGGACAUGGUGAUGAAAAUCCUAGACUAGUCCCUGAGCAAGUAGUCACUUUAGUUGAUGAAAAUAUCUGCCAAGUAGCUUGUGGGCAUAACCUUACAGUGGUACUGACGAUACUAGGGCAAGUAUAUACAAUGGGGAGCUCUACUUAUGGUCAGCUUGGAUGUCCCAAGGCAAAUGGGAAAUUGCCAAACCUUGUUAAAGAUGACACAAGAAAUAUGAAUGUCACUUAUUCUGAAGAAAUCCAAAGGUUAAGGGAACAGGUAGAACAUCUCACUUUAAAAAUUCAUCGUCUUGAAGCUGAGGUUGAAACAAAAGCAAAUCAGCUAAAACAAGUUACUUCACUAGCUACUGAUGAAGCUGAAAAGUGCAAAUCAGCAAAGGAAGUCAUCAAGUCUCUGACCACUCAGUUGAAAGAGAUGGUUGAAAGAGCCUCCGAGGGAGAGGGCCUAGAUGGCACCAAACAUGAGUCUAAUGCCAGCCAUUCAGCAAAUGAAUUAUCUCGUGAAAUCGAACCCAAUGGAAACUCAAUAGAUAACCAUAUGCUGACAUAUGGACCCAAGUGCCAAAAUGAGAAACCACAACAUGUGAUACAGGCUGAACCAGGGGUGUUCAUCACUUUGUCAUCCUUGCCUGGUGGCGCCAAUGAACUCAAACGAGUUCGUUUCAGUCGCAAAUAUUUCUCGGAAGAAGAAGCUGAAAGAUGGUGGACGGAGAAAGGGACCAAGGUAUGUGAGCGUUACAACAUUCAUAUAGAGUGACAAUGCGAUCACGAGAAGUAGACUCCUCUUCAUAACAAAGCCUCUAAUUUUGGCAAAAGAGAAGCAAUUAAAGAAUGUGGCAGAUUCUUCA